ACAAAGUGGGUUAUGGCAGGGGCUUUAUUCUUUCACGCCCAACAAACAACGAACGAACGAACGCUACUCUAUCAGCCUCCGAUCGUCGAUCUUCGACUCUCUCUCUCUUACCACAGCCAAGAGCAACGCCAUCGCUGUAAACGUCUGCGUAUGUUCAUGGACACGGGAGAAUUUUCUGACAAACGUAGAAUUGUAGCAACUUUUUAUCUACUUGGAGCUUGAUCGCUCUCUAGAUUUGUGCGGGGAUGAAAGAUUGGAAGUUUCUGAUAAAAAUGUCACUAAAAGAAAGCUUAGAAAGAUUUAAGAAGCAGCAAGAGAAGUGCCAGACAACCCUUUCCAGCAUUGCCUCUACCAAAGCUGCGGCAGCUCCAAGACCCGCUCCUGCAGCAGCUAGGGCUCCUCCUCCAGCUGUCAAAUUUUCAAAUGAUACCGAGAGACUCCAACAUAUUAAUAGCAUCCGGAAAGGCCCUGUUGGAGCUCAGAUCAAGCGUGUUAUAGACCUGCUGUUGGAGACAAGGCAAGCCUUUACGCCGGAGCAAAUUAAUGAAGCAUGUUAUGUUGAUGCGAAUGCUAACAAAGCUGUCUUUGACAGUCUGAGGAAUAACCCAAAAGUUUAUUAUGAUGGGAGACGCUUCUCUUAUAAGUCCAAGCAUAAUGUCACGGAUAAAAACCAGCUUCGUUCUUUAAUACGGAAAUAUCCAGAGGGCAUAGCUGUCAUUGAUCUCAAGGAUGCAUACCCGAAUGUGAUGGACGAUUUGCAGGCUUUGAAAGCUGCAGGUGACAUCUGGCUGCUUUCAAACUUUGAUUCACAAGAGGACAUAGCAUAUCCAAAUGACCCCAGGUUGCCUGCGAUGAAUGUUGAUGAUGAGCUUAAGGUGCUCUUUAGGUCGAUUGAAUUACCUCGUGAUAUGAUUGACAUCGAGAAAGAACUCCAGAAGAAUGGGAUUAAGCCGGCCACGGAUACUGCAAAGAGGAGGGCCUUGGCACAGAGUCAAGGCAUUCCUAACAAAGCCAAACCCAAGAAGAAGAAGCAUGAGAUCAGCAAGAGGACAAAGCUUACAAACGCCCAUCUUCCGGAGCUAUUUUCCAGACCCUAAAAAGUUAGGUGAAGCUGCUAUGUCUGCAAGAUGUUAUGGAUGUAUGCAGAUUGUACAAAACAUAUUGGAAGACAGAUAAGAUAGCCCAAAAAAUGUACUUGAAAUAUCCGCUAUGUUUUUGGCUCCGAAAUGCCAGUUUGAGGAUUAAAUUUGUUCUUAUCAAAUGCUUUGAUAUAGGAACCUGAAAUUUCUAC